CAAUUUGCACCACGCAAGAGUCGUCUAAUGCAAUGCGGUCUGAUAAACGAAUUUUCACAGAUGAAGAUGGAGAUGAGUCGACAAAUUUCGAAUUCCUUCCAAGGGCUCUUUGUGAGAGUGGUAUGCUUGAAACUUCAAACCGAACAGGAAAUCUGCAUAUCCGGGUAUCUGAGUUAUUUGGGGCUUCGUAGCCCUUUUACGUUAGACGAAAAUGGCAAACUCUACGUUUCUCGCUCACUUUUCUUCAAGCAUUUCCAACUCUGUGCUUCUCAGGUGGCAUUCAAAGAGUUAGGAAAGCAAAGAGCAUUGUGGCUUUGACAUACUUGCGCAAUCAUUUUGUUUCCUGGCUAUGAAGGUUGCUUUCGUUACUGGUUCUAAUAGAGGGAUAGGAUUUGGGAUUGUUGCCAAAUUGGCACAUGCUUAUGGUUCCACCGGAGAGUGGGACGUCUACCUAACAGCUCGAAAUGUUGACUUGGGCAAAAAAGCGUGUGAGGAAUUGAAAGGCAGAGGUCUCCAGGUUAAGUUCCAUCAGUUGGAUAUUACCGAUGCUGAGAGCCGGAAAAGUUUCCUGGCGUACAUGAAAGCCUAUUAUCCAGACGGGAUCAACAUCGCCGUUAAUAAUGCUGGUAUAUAUAAAGACGAGUCACCCGUCCCUUUUGGCGAACAAGCUAGGGUUACUGUGCACACUAAUUUUACCUGCACCUUUGAUUUCACAUUGGAAUUUCUUCCUCUUCUCGCAGAGAACGCCAGACAUGCCGAAGCCGGCGACCAUGAAAAGUACGGCUGGCCAACUACAGCAUACGGAGUAGCCGCGGUAGCACAGAGAAAGGCUUCGUAUAUACUGGGGGACUCCAUCAAGAAUGACCCUCGGCACAUAGUAAUGAAUUCGUGCUGUCCAGGUUACGUUGCCACUGACAUGUCUAGUCACAAGGGCACGAAGACGAUAGAACAAGGUGCUGACACUCCGUUUUAUUUGGCUACUCUUCCAAUCGGUGUGAAGGAACCGAUAAACGAGUUCGUCUCCGACCGUCGCAUUAUUCCCUGGUCAAAAGAUGUGGAGGUUAAAUUCUAA